AUGUGGCGGGCCCUGCCGCUGCCGGUGCCCGUGCUGGCCCUGGCCGGGCUGCUGCUGCUGCUGGGGCGGCCGCCGCCGGGGCAGGGGGCGGCCUGCGAGCCCGUGCGCAUCCCGCUCUGCAAGCCGCUGCCCUGGAACAUGACCAAGAUGCCGAACCACCUGCACCACAGCACGCAGGCCAACGCCGUGCUGGCCAUGGAGCAGUUCGAGGGGCUGCUGGGCACCAACUGCAGCCCCGACCUGCUCUUCUUCCUGUGCGCCAUGUACGCGCCCAUCUGCACCAUCGACUUCCAGCACGAGCCCAUCAAGCCCUGCAAGUCCGUGUGCGAGCGCGCCCGCGCCGGCUGCGAGCCCGUGCUGGUCCGCUACAGCCACGCCUGGCCCGACAGCCUGGCCUGCGACGAGCUGCCCGUGUACGACCGCGGCGUGUGCAUCUCCCCGGAGGCCAUCGUCACCGCCGAGGGCGCGGAUUUCCCUAUGGAUUCUAAUAAUGGCAACUGCAGAGGUGCUGGCAUUGACCGCUGCAAGUGCAAGCCUGUAAAAGCCACGCAGAAGACUUACCUACGCAACAACUACAACUACGUCAUUCGGGCUAAAGUGAAGGAGGUGAAGACUAAAUGUCACGAUGUCACUGCGGUAGUGGAAGUAAAGGAGAUCCUGAAAUCUUCCCUAGUGAACAUUCCAAAGGACACUGUAAACCUUCACACGAAUUCUGGCUGCCUGUGCCCACUGCUCAGUGCCAAUGAAGAAUACAUCAUCAUGGGCUACGAGGACAAGGAGCGCUCCAGGUUACUCUUGGUGGAAGGCUCCAUAGCUGAGAAGUGGAAGGAACGUCUUGGUAAAAAAAUAAAGCGCUGGGACCAGAAGCUGCGGCACGUGGGCAAGGGGAAGGGCGAGGCCGGCGAGGCGGCGGCGAGGGCUGGGGGUGCCCGGCAGGUGCGCACCUAG